CACGUCAUUUUUGCACGAAUGAGAAGAUUGUUGAGUUAGUUUACGCGGCGUCUAAUUUAGGCUUCAUUGUAAAAUAAUAAAUCAUGAAUAUAUUUCGCUUACUCGCGGACUUGUCCCAUCUCCUAGCUAUAAUAAUAUUAUUACUAAAAAUUUGGAAAACUAGAUCAUGUGCAGGAAUAUCGGGAAAAUCGCAAAUACUAUUUUCAAUAGUAUACACAACGCGGUAUUUGGACUUAAUUACAACAUUCGUGUCGCCAUAUAACACUAUAAUGAAAAUAGUGUUCAUCGCAGCAUCCUAUGCUACGGUUUAUUUGAUGUAUGUCAAAUUUAAAGCCACCUACGACCACAACCACGACACGUUUAGGAUUGAAUUCCUAGUUAUUCCCUCUCUUAUUCUUGCACUGCUCAUUAAUCGUGAAUUCACUUUAAUGGAGGUAUUAUGGACAUUUUCAAUUUACUUGGAGUCUGUUGCAAUCCUGCCACAACUAUUUUUGGUAUCUAAGACUGGAGAGGCGGAGAGCAUUACAUCCCAUUACUUGUUUGCGUUGGGAUCAUACAGAGGAUUAUAUCUCUUGAACUGGAUAUACCGCUACUUUGUUGAAGACCAUUAUGAACUCAUAGCAAUUGUUGCCGGUGUAGUUCAGACUGUACUGUAUUGUGAUUUCUUCUAUCUCUACAUUACUAAAGUUCUUAAGGGAAAGAAACUGCAGCUGCCAGCUUAAAUGCCACAAUAUGUUUGGGUGCAAUAUGAAGUGACACAAAAGUUUGUCAAGUUAUUUUAUAUAAGUCAAUAAUAUUACCUAAGAUCUAGUUUAACAAGUGACGUUUUACAGCUGUGAAAACAUUUUUUAUUUAGGACAUGUAUACACUCCAAUGUUAAAUUAACUGACAUAUAUAUUUUUUAAUUAUACGAUCUGUUUAUUGGCAUUUCAUUAUAUUAAAAUUGAUCAGAUAAAAUUAUGAAAAUCAUAAUUUAGUAAACAUUUAUCCUAAAAUCAAAAGUGCUGCUAUUAUUUUCAUUAUGACUUAGUUCAUACAGUGCAUGUUUUAUUAAAAUUUGUACUAUAACCAAGUUAGUAUUACGUAAUGAUGUUUAUAUUUGGCAUGGCCACGAAACUUUGUGGACGUGCCAUUUUAACUUGCAGGCAUUGUUGUGCGUUAAUAGUGUGACGGUUUAAUAAGUUAGAGUAUAUAUUAAUAUAUUACCUUACACUAAAACAAAAUUUGAUAUAUUUAUGACAAUAUUACUGUACACUAAGAGGCAAAUGUUGCACAACUUUUAUAAAAGAUAAUUUAAACAUUAAUAACAGUUGCUAUUAUUGUGGUUUAUUAGAUAUAAUGAAGGCAGUGUUCAACAUAUUGAAAUUCAACUAUGAGAAUAAUAUUAUGAGUCACUAUUCUGUUUAAUAAAUAAACUAGUAUCCAAGUAAAAUUAAUUAUUACACAUUAAACCUUCAUGAAAAUAAGUGUAUUCAGUGAUUGGUAAAAAUCUUACAGAGGAUGAAUAUAUGUGUAAUUUUAUCUUAAUUGGUAUGCUUAAAAAUAAAUUGAUAAAAAUUAAAAGCAGAUUGCUUUAAAUAAAUACAUAAUAAUCAUGAAUUAAUCAAUUUAAAUCAUAUAAAAAAAAUUAGUGGAUCUUUUUGUGUCGUCAGUAUUUCUUUUCCACCA